GCUUGCAGAUUGAGGAAUAUUUUAAAAAAGAACUAAAAUCUGGGAACUUUCUUCUUGCAGGUAUGCAUGUACGGGAACCGGACUCGACAAGUUCAGACACAACAUGGAAUCGAUUCGAAACACAAUGCUGAUGCAUGAAGAUGUGUUCAAACACCAGGUACGAGAACUUCACCGGCUGUAUAGUGUUCAAAAGGUACUAAUGGAUGAGUUGAAGAAGGAUAUCAAGAACAACAGGUUUUGGACCACCACUGGCGAAUCGAAUUUACAUGUUCAAGGUGAUACAAGAGCAAGGGGAUUUGAUCUAGAGAGGCCAUCUGGGGAAGAAGCAGCAACUGUUGUUGCAGAAGACCACCAAGCAGGGCCUAGCUCCAGAACUAACCAGGUGAUGAGCAUUGAGGACUCUGAUGAAGACAGUGAAGUUGAAUUGACACUAGGUAUUGGAAUUGGAGGCAGAGGUUCAAGCAAGAAGAAGCUAAAGAACUCCAGUACUAGUUCUCAGUCGAUUCAUAAUAAGGAGAUCAAGAGGGAGUUCGAUUCAUCGGCUUCGUGCAGCGGCCCCGGCACUCCGGUGAGCAGUUCUAGUGCAACAUUUGAUCAGGAAAAGAAGCUGCCACAUUGGCUUUUCCAAGGUUUUAGCAUAAACAGGACUUGAAACCACUGAACUAUA